UCAAAUGUGAACUGUGAUGUUCGUUGACUUCCGCUCUGCCGAGCUAAUCAUUUCCGGCGAAUCUCUUCCUGGUGCCCUCACUGUAACGGUGGAGUCUUUUUGUUAUUCACCAGGAACAUAGAUUACUCAUAAGAAAAAAGCAAACAUCAGACCAGCUAGUCUUAAAUAUUUCCUCCAUCACAAGUUAUCACUGGCAGACAGAGGAGAAAUGGCGGAGAGAAUGGCAGACGUCCAGGAAGACCCACCAGCUGGAGAGGACGACAACGACUCCGACAGAGAUGAUGAGGACAGAUUGUUUGUUUGGAUGGUAAACAACGACGACGGGGAUGAAGACGAGGAAGAGGAGGAGGAAGUGGAGGAGGAACAGUUUGAAACUGAAGGGUCUGAAACGUUUGAGCUGGAUGCCCCAGCUGAGCGCAGUGGGCACGUCGCUGUGGUUGAUGGAAACAUCAUGUAUGUGUGGGGUGGAUACAAGAAUGCCCAGACCCAUGGGUUCUUUGACUUGUACUUGCCUAGAAAUGAGAUCUGGACUUACAAUAUGGAAUCGGGAGUCUGGAAAAAACAUGUAGCUGGAGGUAAUCUUCACACCUCCAUGUCUGGAAGCUGUGGCGUGUGUGUCGACGGCUUUCUUUACCUUUUUGGUGGCCAUCAUGCCAGAGGAAACACAAACAGGAUCUAUCGCCUGUGCUUAAGAGCUAAUACUCUGAUGUGGGAGGAAAUGAAAGACCUUAAAGGACUUCCUCCAUCAUCAAAGGACAAGCUUGGAUGUUGGGUUCAUAGGAACAGAUUGAUCUUCUUUGGCGGUUAUGGCUAUGCUCCUCAGGGAUCUCAUCGAGGGACUUUUGAAUAUGAUGAAUCCUCCUCCCUUGGGUAUGACAGUCCUGGGCGAGGCUGGAACAACCACAUUCACAUCUUGGAUCUGGAGACAUUCACUUGGAGCCAACCUAUAACCCACGGCAACACCCCGUCACCCAGAGCAGCUCAUGCCUGUGCUACAGUCGGUAACCGUGGUUACGUCUUUGGUGGACGCUUCAAGAUGCACAGACUUAACGACCUUUACUAUAUUGACCUUGACACAUGGGAGUGGCAUGAGAUGAGUGUCCCCCAGCUCGGCCCUGUUGGACGGUCUUGGCACUCCUUCACACCCGUGUCAUCCGAUCACAUCUUUCUAUUCGGAGGCUUCACCACAGAAAGGGAGACGCUCAGUGACGCCUGGCUGUACUGUGUGAGCAGAAACGAAUGGCGGCCUUUCAAACACAACCACACAGAGAGCCCCAGGCUGUGGCACACUGCCUGUUCUGGUCCGGAUGGAGAGGUGUUUGUGUUUGGAGGCUGCGCCAACAAUCUUUUAUCGCACCGGAGAGCGGCUCACAGCAAUGAGUUACUGGUCUUCAGUGUUCAGCCUAAAUCAUUAGUUCGGUUGUGCAUGGAGACCGUUCUGCAGCACAGGGAACAUUUGUCGUCUUACUGGGACUGCUUACCCAAACACCUUUUGUACAGCCUGAAGCAGAGAAUGUCCCGCGUCAACACUUUGGGAUCGUAACGGCCUGGAGAACGUUCUAGGAAAAAGCAGGCAGCCCUUCUACUGCAGGAGUUAAACCCAUGUCAAGGAAAAAAUGACAGAUUUUUCCCUUUGAAAAGCAAAAUACUAUGACUACACAGCUUGUACGAGUCUCUAGUGAUGUUGUUUAAGGUAAUCCACUCCCACACAUCUAAGCAUCAAUUUACAGUAAACACAACAGUUUCUGAAAAUGUUUGUCACCAGCAAACCUCCAAGACGUUCAACGUUUGGAGCCAAACCGCCAAAUCCAGGCAAUAAACUUCUCGAUUUGAAACCGACUGCAGCACAGCAGCUGCUGUUUGUCACUUUUUAUUUUAUUUUCAAAAUGUGAAAUCAGCAUUUUUUUGCUGAAGAUAGGGGAUAGCAAACAUCCCAUGAUGCUUUGAGGUUAGUUUUUUCAUUUUCUUGGCUAAACUUUAUUUGUAGAAGUUUGUUCAACUCUAAGAGUCUCAAUUUCUGGUAAUAGUUUUAGGUUUUAAUUUGUCCACGUUUAGAAAAGCUUCAUGUAUUUGUUUUUGGAAAAUGUUUUUUUUUUUUUUUAAGCGAGCAUCUAAACUCAGACUACAGCAAGCAAAUCGAAAGUAAAGGAAUUUCUGUACAUUUUUUGUAAUCAACUUUUCACUUUAAAGUUGUUCAAGUUUCAAAUUAUUAUCCUACUGAAUCAAUCUACUCUCAAACCACAUUAAUGUCCACUUUUGUUUUGUAAAUAUGUAUUUAUGGUUGUGUGGAAGUGAUAGUCUUGUGUUCUCAAAGCUUUUAGCUAAAUUGAUUAGCCUUUGAACUGAAUCAGUGUAAUUCCGUACAUCCCACAUUGCACUGAAACGCCUCUUAAGUAGAGCUUUGUUUUGUACUUUCCUGGUUUGCACAACUUUACAAAGGUUUUAUUUUGUAAUUGGAUUCUGUUGUUGCGGUUUUUACUUUGUACGAGUAAACAAAAGCAGUUAAAAUCA